AUGCCUAAAAUUUGGAGAGAAGAAGAAUCUAAUAGAAUUCUUUGGAAUCAAUCUAUACCUCACUUAUAUGAUAAUAAUAAUAACUCUAAUUAUGAUACCAAUAUAUCAAAUUCCAUUGAAAAUAUAUUUCAUAUAGAGUCCCAGGUUUUAGAUAGGAAUAGUGCUUAUUUCAUGUCUCAAAGAGUUACCUCUAUGGAUCUGCAAAGCGAUAAUGUAUCUGAAGAACAAACACAACCAAAUAAGCAGACAAAAACAAAAAUUAGAAGCUCUACUUUUAUAGAUAAUACUUCGAAAAGAAAGGCAAAUCUUGAAAAAUUAAUAAAAGAUACUAAUAAAUUAGCACCUAUAAAUCCAUCUUUGUCUCAGUAA